ACUCGCCGUAGUUACAGAAAAAUAAAGAUAAAAUAAAUAAGCAAAUAAGCGGACCCAAACACUCUCUCUCUCUCGAAACAGUAGAGAGUCAUCAGUGUUUGUAGAGAGGGAGAGAGAGAGAGAGAAUCCAUGGAAACUGCAAUCUGGGGAAGAGUUUCUCUUUCACCCAAUCAUAUCUUCAACAAUAAACCAGGAGGGGAUACUUACUCCAUUUAUAAGGGAAAUUGCACUAAUCGAGGCAUUCUUAUGACAGUAUCUGCCGCUGGACCAGGAAAAGGUGGUGGGUUAUUAGAAAGGCCAACCAUUGAGAAAACUACUCCUGGACGGGAGUCUGAGUUUGACUUGAGAAAAUCAAGGAAAACAGCACCUCCUUAUCGCGUAUUACUUCAUAACGACAACUUCAACAAGAGGGAAUAUGUUGUUCAGGUCCUAAUGAAGGUUAUCCUUGGAAUGACACUUGAUAUUGCAGUCAAUAUUAUGCAAGAAGCACACAUCAACGGAAUGGCAGUGGUAAUUAUUUGUGCUCAAGCUGAUGCUGAAGAUCACUGCACACAACUAAGAGGUAAUGGUCUAUUAAGUUCAAUAGAGCCUGCGAGCAGUGGUGGUUGUUGAACUCAUAAGGAAAAUGUGAGCCUCUAUUACUGCUCAUCCUUUGAGCAAAUCUUAAUAUAAGAAAUCAACAUUAUACGUACAUAACCUGAAAAUGUCUAUGCAUGUAUGAACUUUUAGUUCGUUAGUUCAGCAAGUCAAGACAAGGUGAAAACUGGCAACGGUAGUUAUAUUCAAGGUUGUCUAGUAAUCGGGGUACUGGGAACCUGGUUGUCUGAUGCAGUAACUGUAUAGUCUUGUGAAAUGUGAAUGAGUAAGACAUUCCGACUGGGCUAUCACCUAUGUUGAAGGGAAAAUGUUUGACCUCAACUUUUACAUUAAAAUCUAUGGAAAGCAGGCCUAUUGGCCUAAUUUCGAA